UUUUCCGUUUUAGUGAGGAGUAGGUAGUCAACUACUACCGUCAGUGCAAAAAUAUCGACCUUAAUUAAUUUAUAAUUAUUGUGAAGCAUCUUUUAAUUUUUUGCGACUUAACCGAACAUCUAUUUUGAAACAUUGUAUUUCUGCCUAUAGAGACUACCCAUCUCUGUUGAAAAUGGAGAAGAAUGGAAAUCCGCCACCGUACGGGUGGAGCAACGGCCACAUGCAAGCUCCUCCCGCGGCUCCGCCGAGUUAUUCACAGGCUGUUGGGGGUGUGGGUCCUUCCAGUCCCUAUACUCCGCAAUAUCGAACUACCACGGAGCCCCAAAUAGUGACAACUGUGGUGCCCCUGGGGCCGCAAGCGACGCACAUGAUAUGCCCCAGCUGCCACGGAGAGAUCAACACGGCGACACGGACGAAACCAGGCCUCAUUGCAUAUAUAGCUGGUUCUAUUAUAUGUAUUUUAGGAUUCUUCUGCGGCUGCUGUUUAAUACCGUGCUGCAUAGAUAGUUGCAUGGACGUACAUCACAAGUGUCCGAACUGCGGGGCCUACCUCGGACGGUAUAGGCGAUAAUCAACGAUUGGACUAUCAUUUGACAAUAAUAACUGCCUUCCAGACUGAUCUAGUGCAGACGAAAACUUCAAUCCAGUAUUUGAUUUUAUUGUUUAUGAAACGUUUUUUGUUAAUAACGAUAUCACAACGAUAUGCACCGUUCCGACCGUAUUGGUUUCGUUGCCAUCAUUCGUAGGUUGUUUUAAGGUUAUUUUAUUCUUAUAUUUUUUUUUUUCUUUCUUUUUUAACUGAUGUAAAAUCAACAUGAAAUCAAAUCAAAAUUCUAGGUGUCGACAAUGUAUACUUCAUAUAAACUCAGUGUUGUUAUAAGUUGUUAUUUCAGUGGUGAAAAAUGAUAAUAGAAAUACGUAAUCCCAGUAAAUAAAAGUAGCUGACUACAUAGUUAUGGUUGUAUUGAUGUGGUUGCUAACUUAUGUGUAUUUUAACUAGAUUUAACCGUCUUUAUAUUACGUACAAACUAAAUAAUAAGUUACAUUUUUUUAUGAUUUUGAAUGAAUUACUCAUUUCAGUACACUUAUCUUUGCAAAUAUAUUUGUAAUAAAUGUAACAUAGCGGGGGAGACCUAGAGGGGAUUCUUAAAUUUACUCAAACGCGUCAAAUUAAUUUAAAGAAACCGAACCUAUUGAUAAGUACCUCCAGCCAGUAUGAGCAGUUAAUGUUACGGUGCUCAGGGAACCCUCCGGAAAUUAGGAGAAAAAAACAAAGUGAUCAUUCCUAAAGUUACGCUCAAAUCGUCAAAUUAGCCAAAAUUUAUACUUCUUUUAUUGUAAUUUAAUUUUUAAUUUUUAAUUAAAUUCAAUAUUAUAUAUUCAAUAGCAUAUUUUUUUUUUUAAUUUUCACAGUUCAUAACAAUGAAAUCACCAUUUAAAUCUUCAGAUUAAUGUAUAUUUUAUUUCCGUGGCAUCCUGGAGCUUAAUAAAUAGAGCAAUGGGUUCUUUUUUAAUUAAAAUAUCAAAAGCGGUCCUCCACCUUUAAAAGUGGUAAUUUGAUAGGACCUCUUUUCUUGCUAUCGUCUAAACUGCUUGGUAUCCGUGAGACUCGAUGUAAUCCACAUUUAGCAUCAUGGCCUCCCCUGCUAAUAUUAUAUACUAAUUAGUCAUUACCUACAUGUAUUCUAUAGCGUCAUUUAUUGAAUGAAAUUUAAAAAACUUUAUUGUACACAUGUAUUCAUACAUAUAUCUUAGAAUUUAUAGUAGAUUUAUAUUGACUAAUUUCCAAUGAUAUUGUUAAAAGUUGUGAAUUUUAAAGCCUAAUUUUGAGGUUUUCGUUCAUCUUUUUGCGUUUGAAAAUUGUCUCAUUCUAAAAUGUUGUAAGCGCAAGAUUGUGUAAAAAGUUUAGAAAAAAGACCUGACAAAUAACAAUUCACUUUUGACACCCAAGCCCAACUUUGUGAAAUAUUGUCAAACGCAAGUGAUAUCGAAUAUCUUUAACUUUAUUAAGUUAUAAUAUAUUGUUUUAAUUUUUCUACAUGAAAAUGAAAUUAACAUAAACAAUGAUUUCAGUCAGAUGGACCAGCCUUGCUGCACAACUUACGAUCUAGAAGUCGAAAAUCUUUAAUUGUUUGUAACUUUUGCAAUUUUAUGUGCAUAUACACGUUUAUAGAACAUUUUUCUAGGUGUCAUACCGGACCCAAUGAGCCAUCACACAUAAUUUUAAGAGUAAUCUGUCUUUUAAGACCAUUUUUAUUUUUUGCGUGUGUGCAGGUGUGAGUAGAGUUCCGUAGGUUUUAUAUUAGCGCGAUACGAAUGAGACUUAGUGCCACCUAUCAGCAUUUCUAUCGAGUUGUUAGAAAUUUUGGAGUAAAGUGCAGUUAUUGUUCGAUUAUUUCUCAUGAAUAAGUUUGUUUAAAUGUCUUAUUUAAUACUCACAGUCAAAUCGUAGAAUAAUACCUUUUAUCCGAUGUCUAUUCGCUAAAACGUCGCAGUUGUAAUUUUAGUUUAGGAAAUAUAUUAUUUUCAUUUACUUCAUUAUUAGUGAAUACGUUGCAGGUUAUUUUGUUAUCAUGCCAAUCGAAUCUCUUACAAAACGAUCAGUGACUAUUUUUAUAAGCAUAAUAAUUACCUAUACCACACUCUUGGAGGCCUGUGUCCCAGCAGUGGGAACGUGUAUAGGCUGAUAAUGAUGAUACCACACUCAUGAUUUUACUAUUAUUUUUAUUUUAUUAUUUUAUACUCUACAGAAACCCGUCAUAGUUUUAAGUAAUUUUUCUAACAAUCUCAUAGUAUAUAACUUAUAUUUUUUACUUAGUUUUUAAGUUCGAAGCCUACUAAAAUUAACUGCUUAAAACUGAUUUUAAAUAAUCUACCUACUUACAUAUUUGUAAUAAGAUUUAUUUUUGAUGUUACAUAUUUACAACCAAUGGUAUUUACUACAUCACAAAAUUAUCAUUGAUUAAAACGAUGUUUAAAGUGUAACAA